CAGUGAGAGAAGGAGUAGGCGGAGGCAGAGGCGAAGGCUGAGGCGGAGGCACGCCCGCCCCUCAGAUGCCGGCGCCACGGCCUCGCGCACUUUGCUGCGGACUUAUCUGCAGAGAAGAUUCCCCCAGUUCCGCGGUAAAAAGCGACAACCUCGCACCAGCUGCAGCUGAGCCCCUCUCCCGGCAAGGCACCCGAUUGGACGAGGGAGCUGUAAGGAGAUCCGAGAGCGGAUUGGCUACACCUUCAUCUCCACCCCUAGGGAGAUGGUACUGGGAUCAGGAAACCAAUACUCUUAAAUUAAAAAGACUAUCUCAGGUUUCCCUGUAUGAGAAUAAAAGUGGACAACAACUUUCCUUUCACUCAAAAAAGCUUAGUCCUAUGCCUUUGGCAGAAAUCAAAGAGAAGCCCAAGAGGGGCAAAAUAAUUCACUUUGCUGAAAAUGAUGGCACAACCUCAGAAAGACUUUCUGAGAAAAGAUUUGCUAAAAGAGAUGUGAAAUCAACCAGAGGAACUGAUAAACGUAGAAAGAAUGACAAGGUUACCCUGGAUGAUGUUAAAUAUGUUGCCUUGUUUUUAUUACAAGACACUGAAAUGCAGCGGAUCUAUUCCUUUACAACAUUUAUGAAGAAUAAGAGUCUUGACGAUUUCCUCAUGGCCUUGUUAUACUACUUAUCUCACUAUCUGGAAAAACUUUCAUUGGGAAAGAAGCCCAAAAACUACAUGGCGAGCCAUUUAGAGAAAAAAGAGAUGGAAUUAGUUAUUGAAAGGUUAGAAGAAUCCCAAAAAUAUCUUGCCCAGAAGUAUUGUCUCCUUGUUUUGGGUUUGGGAAUGCCUGAUAAGCAUCACAUGGCCUGUGGAAAGGAAAAAGUUUCAGAUACACAAAAAGACUGGAAGUUCUUUGAGGCUUUCUUCACCUUCUGUACAUACGUAGCUUGGGUAGUAUUCCGACGACAGUACCUAUUAGAGAUUGAUGAAGAAAUAGGUAGGCUUUUCCGUACUAAUAUGUUCAAUAGUGCAAGAAGGAGGCGGGAGGAAGAAGAAUCUGGUCAGGAAAAGAGAAGAAUGAAUUUCGUGCAAUUUAGGAGGAUGAUGGCCAAGCGGCCAGCAAUAAAAACAACUGUUCAUAUGCGCUCUCCAGCCUUAUCUACUCUUCUGCCCUCCCCUAAAGAACAUGCUCAGCAUCUCUUUGAGAAGAGUAGAGGCCGUAUGGCGGUCCCCAUCCAGACAACCAACCAAAAAGAAUUGGUCACCUAUGAGUCGGUUGCCAUGCCAAUAGUUGGCAUCUUGGGAGAGCCUCGGAACAUGUUUGACAUCUCCACUCUCCUUCCUACUGAACAAGAACAGGGCUCAGACGCUUCAAAGAGAAAUGCUUCCUUGAUAAGUGAAAAUAAUGCUAGGGUCCAAGAGACACUGGAGUUGGCAAUGAAGUCACUAGCCCCUGUGGGAGUAUUGAUUAAGUAACCUCCUCUGUUCCUUUCUAUAAUUCAGUUCCAGUAGAAGUAAACUAUUUUAAUUUGCUACCUUUAAA